AAAGUACUAUCCGAGCGGCGCCUGAUUAAGCCCGGGCCUUUCACUGUACUCCGGCAAGCGGUGGCUUCAGCAUUUGCAGUUUUGCACAAACGAAACCAUUUCUCCCUUUCGAAUCAGAACUCAGAAGAACAAGACGGUCUCAAUCUCAGGAGGCAAAUCGUCUCCCUGCUCCUGCUGCAAAAACUAGAUCGCCAAUUCAAUCAAUCGCAGCUUGCUCGGAUGUUCGGAUUCUUCAGAUAAAGAGGCCCACGGCGCUGGUUCCCCGGCGGCGAUGAAUUCCGUGACCGAAACCGCCGGUGGUGAGUACCUUCCUCUCCCGUACUGCGUGCCCCGUGGCCGUUGAUUUUGGUUGCCGCGGAGCGUCACGGUCCCAGGUGGGUGCCUGCUCGUGCAGGCGAGGUGUUCGACGAAAUGCCCCAAGAGAAGAGGGCGAGAACCGACGCGGGGGGCGAGGACCCGCGGGGGUCGUCGUGGGCGGGCCUCCAGCCGGACGCCCUGGGCGUCGUGCUCAGCUUCCUCCCCUGCCUCGCCGACCGUGCCAGGGUGCGGUCCGUGUGCCGCCAGUGGCGCGCCGCCGCGCGCGGCCGCGGCGUGGUCCCGGCGCUGCCCCUGCUGGUGCUCCCCAGGUUCAGGUUCGCGGGCCUGACCCCCGGGGGCGUGCUGGCGCCCGCGCGGCGCGCCUGGAUGCCGCCGGAGCUGGACGCCGACAACGCCUGCUGCGUGGGGUCCUCCGACGCUUGGCUCGUGGGCGCCGGACAGGCCGGCGGCGAGUGCUUCUUGGUGCAUGCCUUCUCCCACGAGGUGCGCCGUCUGCCGCCCCUGGGCAGUUCCGACUGCUCUCUGCGUAAAGCAGUGCUCUCCGCUUCACCGGAGUCAGGACCCAACUGCAUUGUGGCUGCUUUCAUAAUCCGCUGGUCCAAGCCUGAACUGGCGCUCUGGAGGUCCGGGAUGAAGUCAUGGCGCGUUUGCCAUCAUGCUCUGUUUGCUGGGCACAUCGAUAUCGCCUUCUAUCAAGGGAAGCUGUACAUGCUCUGGAGGUUCACGCCAUGCCUCUUCGCUUUUGAGAUCACUGAGGAUGAGCGUGGGGUCGCCAUCUCUCGUAUGAAGGAUUGUAUGAUCGAAAAGCUCCUCCCUAGCGCUGUUGGGUCCAAUCAUGAAUUGAGCUGCAACAUGGUGGAGUGGAGCGGGAGGCUGUUAUUAAUCAUCAGAUACUAUGGUGGUUAUGGUUACCAAGCUAGGCACAGGGUUAAGGUCAAAGUGUUCGCGAUGGACAUGAGCACGCGAACUGAGUUGAGACUCACUGAGAUCCACAGCUUCGGUAGUGACUGCAUCUUUGUUGGCUCAGGUGGCGGCAAGUCCUUUCCUGCUGGUCGGCAUGACGGAGUUGAAGGUGACCUUAUCUACUUUGGUCCUGAUCAUUACAACCCUCAUGAUGCAUUUGUGUACAGCAUGAGAGAUGGUAGGACAGGGCCCAUUGUUAGGCCAUCACCUUGCGGCACUCGCGCAUCGGAGCGGAACCUCGGUUUCCCAGUGUGGUUGUUUCCUUCCGAAUGAUUUGCUUCAGGAGCAAAUAUGAUCUAUUGGGUGGUCAGGUGCUGUGCAUGGUGUUUUGUAACUCAAUCUGUCGGAGGGUUAUGCGUGUUCAUUCCGUUCUCAUAUUCCUGCCUAUAUGGUGAGGGAUAGCUUAACUGCGGAAGAACUGAGGUCAUCAGCAGAAACUGAUUUCUGCAAUGCUUUUGUACAUGCCUCAAAUGGUCUACAUGCAAGUUUUAAAUUGGCA